GCCUUCACCCGCCCCUGCCACAAGCUCGUCGUCCAGUACUCGGAACACCAAGGCUCCCACAAGGGCAUGCGCAGCUUCCUCCAGUCUGGCAUGCUCGCCCGCAUCGCCCAACAACACCCGACCACCGAGGUCGUCGUCGAGCGCUCAGAGCACCAGGGCCGGCACCCGCUCCUCCGCGGCGUCUACCUCAACGGCCGCACAAAGGAGAUCUGCGUCCGCAACCUCCACCCGUCGUCCAUCGCCCAAAAGGCCCAGCUCCUCCUCGACUCGUCCGGCGCCAAGAUCGUCCCCAUCCGUCGCCCGGGCGUCCAGAGCACCACCGACAGCGUCAGGGGCAUGUGGAGCGCCUUCCAC